CUUCUCUUCCCUUCCUUAUCCCCCCGCCAGUCAAGAUCAAAAAGAGGCUCCCGGCCCUUUUUCCCUUCCCUUCUCCAAGUCCUUCCUUUCGGUUGAUCUUGUUGACCACCGCUUCACUCUUUCAGCGGGCAUUCUUUGAUUACAUCUUUAAUCCACUCUCCAUCCCUCUUUCAUCAUGAAGGGUGCUUUCCUGGCCACCGCCGCCGCCCUGGCCGGCUCCGCCAUGGCCGACGUCGCGCACAUGCGCCGUCACGACUCGCUGCACCAGCGUCGCGCUCUCCAGCCCGAGCCGGAGGAGCAGUGCGGAUGUACCACCGAGGUCAUCACCUACUACGGCAACCCGACCUUGGUCCCCAUCAUCGAGUCGACCUCCGCCCCCGUCGAGCCUACCUCCGCUCCCCCCGCUCCCGAGACCGUGACCUCCGACAUCGUCACCACUCGUCACUCGACCAGCUACACCACCAAGACCGUGGUCGUCUCCGAGUCCACCCCGGCCGGCGUCGAGCCCACCGGCACUCCUGAGCAGCCUGCCACCACCGCCCCUGCUGGCACCCCGGAGCAGCCUGAGCAGCCUGAACAGCCCGCCACUGGCACUCCUCAACAGCCCGAGCAGCCCGCUACCACUGCCCCUGAGCAGCCCGAGCAGCCGGCCACCACUGCCCCCGCGGUCCCCGAGCAGCCUUCCUCGUCCGCUCCCGCUGCCACCCCCGAGCAGCCGGCCACCACGGCCCCUGCCGCCACUCCUGAGCAGCCCGAGACCCCCGCGGUGACUCUGCCCACCCCCGGCGUGACCAACUUCCCCUCCACCGGUACCUUCACCGUCCCCGCGACCACCGUCACGGUCACCGAUGCCACCACCGUCUGCGGUGCCACCACCACCGACCUCCCCAGCGGUUCCCACACCUACGGUGGUGUGACCACCGUCGUCGAGACCGCCACCACGGUUACCUGCCCCUACGCUACCGUCAAGCCCAGCGGCUCGACCGUGACCAGCGUCAUCGAGACGACCACCUACGUCUGCCCCACCCCCGGCACCUACACCAUCGCUCCCACCACCACCUACGUGCCCUCCAGCACCGUCGUGGUCUACCCCACCCCGGCCACUUUCACCCCGGGCACCUACACUCAGCCUGAGCAGGUCGUGACCGUCACCCGCACCGACAUCUCCUAUGUCUGCCCCUUCACCGGCACCGACGAGCCCACUUCCACCCCGGCUCCCGCUCCCAGCACCCCGGCUGCCCCCGUCACCACCCAGCCUCCUGCUGCUCCCACCACCUCGGCCGUUCCCACCACCCACGCCGCCCCCUCGUCUAGCUCCAGCUCCCAGACUCCCGUCCCCACCGGCGUCAGCGGCAAGCAGAUGGGUAUGACCUACUCUCCCUACACCAACGACAGCAACUGCAAGUCCAAGUCCGACAUCCUGUCCGACAUCGCCGUCAUCGCCGAGAAGGGGUUCUCCCACGUCCGUGUCUACUCCACUGACUGCAACGGCCUCGAGUACGUCGGUGAGGCCGCCCGCAAGCACAGCCUCAAGAUGAUCAUCGGUGUCUUCAUCGACGGCAGCGGCAUCUCCGGCGCCCAGGAGCAGGUCACCGCCAUCGCCAAGUGGGCCGAGUGGGACCUGGUCACCCUGAUCGUGGUCGGUAACGAGGCCAUCCAGAACGGCUACUGCAGCGCCUCCGAGCUCGCCGGCUUCAUCACCUCCGCCAAGUCCAAGUUCGAGGGUGCCGGCUACUCUGGCCAGAUCACCACCACCGAGCCCAUCAACGUCUGGGAGCAGAGCGGCUCCGCUCUCUGCAGCGCCAUCGACGUUGUCGGUGCCAACAUCCACCCCUUCUUCAACGCCGAGGUUGACCCCAAGGACGCCGGUACCUUCGCCCAGAAGCAGGUCAAGAUCCUCAAGGGCAUCUGCAGCGGCAAGGACGUCAUCAACCUGGAGACCGGAUGGCCCAGCCAGGGUGAGGCCAACGGUCUCGCCGUCCCCGGUACUUCCCAGCAGGCCACCGCCAUCAAGGCUCUGGUUGAGGAGGUCGGCUCCCUGUCCGUCUUCUUCUCCUACUCCAACGAUCUCUGGAAGGAUGCCGGCGAGUUCAACGUCGAGCGCUACUGGGGAUGCAUUGACCAGUUCUAGAUUUUCUUCCAUUGAUGUCUAGGAUGUGUUCAAUUGUUUAUAGGUUAAGGAUAUAUGUUUGGAGUUUUCAUUUCGUGUGGUUGUGAUACCGCCCUCUUGGAGGUUUCUUUUUUCUCAUUUCAUUAUCUUCUCCAAUACAUGGUUUCAUGUAGUAGAUAUCUUUUAUUUGACGUGUUCACUGACUGGUGCAUCCAUGUUUCUUUUUGUCAAUAUGUACUGUACAUGCUAAUUAUUACGAG